AUGUCCUCGACUCCAAAAGGCUCGGGCGGCCUAGAGCUCGAGGCGUUUCCAGAUGCCCCGCCAUCGAUAGCAGUCACCGCGCCAGAAGAUGUCAUUGAUGCGGGUUUGAGAAGUCUAGAUCAUUACAAGCGCAGACUUCCACCAUGGCGAUACAAUUUGCGACAGAAAAUCCUCCCCCUGAUACGAUGGGAGACCCCAUACUUGGCGUGGAUGCAGGAUAAGAUGCGCUCACCAGCUCUCGAUACGUAUUUUGCAAUCACAGCCAAUCUGGGAACCCAUACUUUCUUUAUGAUCUUCCUCCCGAUUUUGUUCUGGUGUGGGCAUACUUCGGUGGGAAGAGGAAUGGUCCAUAUACUUGCUACUGGAGUCUUCUCUACCGGAUUUCUGAAGGACAUGCUGUCUCUACCUCGCCCGUUAUCCCCACCUCUCCACAGAAUCACAAUGUCAGGUUCGGCGGCUUUGGAGUAUGGUUUCCCGUCAACGCACUCUGCGAAUGCCGUUUCUGUAGCGGUAUACUGCCUGUUUACAACACACUCACCGGACAGCCAGCUGCAGCCUUCAACAAAGUUGAUCGUAGAAAUACUCAGCUACACCUAUGCGUUCUCCAUUAUCCUCGGCCGACUCUAUUGCGGAAUGCAUGGCUUCUUAGAUGUUAUCGUGGGAAGCAUUAUGGGAGUUGGGAUCUCAGCCAUUGAGUGCAUCUACGGUGCCGAGAUCGACCGAUAUUUGCACAGCAGCUCUUGGAUCGCGCCUAUGGCUGUAGCGCUUGCCAUCAUCUGCCUAGUUCGAAUUCAUCCGGAACCCGCCGAUGACUGCCCAUGCUUCGACGAUAGUGUUUCCUUCGCUGGUACUAUGAUUGGAAUUGAGCUGGGUGGAUGGCACUAUGCGACUGGAAACUGGGCAUGGGAUGUUCCCGUACCCGCAACUGUUCCUUUCAGUCUUGAGCAUAUGGGAUGGAUCACGGUCAUUGUUCGAAUGCUGAUCGGUAUUUUGGUCAUCUUUGCAUGGAGAGAGGUUAUGAAACCUACACUUCUCAAGUGUCUUCCUCAUCUGUUCCGGACUAUUGAGAAAUACGGCUUCAUCCUACCUCGAAAGUUCUUCAUGCCUGCAUCAGAAUACCAGAAAAUCCCUGCACGACUAAAGGUUGACAAUGUCAUGCCAUCCGUUUCCGACCUACCGAGCCUCCUUACUUCGAUUCGUCACCCAGGUAGAGGUCGUGCAGUGUCUGUCGGCCCUCAAUCUGCUGCUGAUGCAUACGAGACUUUGGCCUACCGAGAGAAGAGGCGAAGAGACAGCUUGACGAACUCGAGCGAUAUCACAUCAGCAGUGCAAGCGGCACAUUCUUCGGAGAAAGGACAGCAAUCCAAGGACCAUUUCAUCGUAGGCGGUGAUGUUGAUAAAGAUGGAGCCGUGUCCCAAGUUUCUGGAAUCUCGGGAUCCUUGGGGAUCAACAAUGGCAAUUUACCUACUCCAGCUCAAUCUAGGAUUGGAUCUUAUGAGCAGAUGAUGGGCCAAGGGCAUGUUACUUAUGCUCCUGCCACACCACCUGUGGCGAACGAAGAGCAGGAUGAUGAUGAUGCCGAGAUUUCUGUCGGACAACAGAAUGAACUGGAGGAGAAGGAGAUGUUUUCACGACUGGAGAAGCCUCGUGUGAGGUACGAUGUUGAGGUUGUUACGAAACUGGUUAUUUACGCUGGAAUCGGAUGGCUAGCAGUUGAAACCAACCCAAUAAUUUUCGAGAUCCUGGGACUGGGUAUGGGUCAUCUUCGUCCAUUCCACUAG